GACCACCAGCAGGCCAUGGCGGAGCGCGUGUCGCUGUCGUCCAUGUUGGCGAAGUCUCAGAAGGACCUUCCAGCCAAGAGGAUGAAGGACAGCUACCUGGAGGUGCACCUGCCUCUGGGCUCCGAACCGCAGCUCCGAGAGAAAUACCUGACCUUCCACAACACCGUCAGGUUUGGUAGAAUCCUGGAGGACUUGGACAGUUUAGCAGUCCUCAUCUCGUACUCUCACACCUACAACCAGGAACUGAAGAGGUCUCCUCUGUCCAUCGUCACCGCCCUGGUGGAUAAGAUUG